AUGGAUUCAAUCAAGUCCUUCAAGGGCUAUGGCAAAGUCGACGAACUCGAACAGCAAGCCUUCCGCCGAAAGACCCGCCGGCGUCUGAUCACCAUCGUCGUCUCCUCCGUAAUCCUCUUGGCCGUCAUAAUCGGCGCCGUCGCCGGAAUCGUUAUACACAAGCGGAACAGCUCGUCUUCCUCGUCGGAGAACUCGGCUCCGGCCACCGAAUUGACUCCGGCCGCGUCGCUCACCACUCUCUGCAGCGUGACUCAGUACCCGAGCUCCUGCUACUCCUCCCUCCGGGGUUCCAACACCUCCGACCCGGAGGUCAUCUUCAAGCUCUCUCUCCGCGUCGCCAUUGAUGAGCUCUCGAGGCUGUCCAAGUACCCCGACGAGCUCAUAGCGAAGACCAACGACACGCGGCUGAAGGAGGCCCUCGGCGUCUGCAAAUCCGUGUUGGACGACGCCAUGGACAGGCUAAACGACUCCGUUUCGUCGAUGGAGGUGAGGAAGGAGGAGAGGCUGCUGUCGUCUUCGAAGAUCGACGACAUGCAGACCUGGCUCAGCACCACGAUCACGGAUCAGGAAACCUGCCUGGACGCGCUCGACGAACUGAAUUCCACAAUUACUCCUCAAUUGAGGACAAAAAUGCAGAACUCGACCGAGUUCGUGAGCAACAGCUUGGCGAUUGUGGCGAAGAUAAUCAGAGUGUUGGCGAAGCUAAACGUGCCGAUUCGCCGGACGCUUUUGGGGCAAAGCAUCAGUAAGUAA